AUGUCGAGACGAGGUCGACAAGUUGCGUAUCAGCUACCUCCUAACUGUUCAUCCCAUAUGUUCCUAGAAUUCCUCGGUGAUCUACCUAAUCAGAGUUCUUUUGUCUUUUGCCUAAUUGCUUUUCUGUCCAAGAAGAUCGGUAUUCCCCAGACUCUUUGCUGGAGAGUGGCAGACGAGUCUGGGUUAGCGACUCGUUUGGAGUUGUUCCUUACUCAUAUCUUGCGGGAUGAUAGCGGUCUUGAGAUUUUUGUCUACCACGGAUGGCGAAAAAUUAUUGGGGUUCGAGAGGUGGUCUACAAGGAGCUCUGUUGGGAGUUAUUUUCGAUAGUCCGCUUCGACAAGGAGUCGAGGAUUCGGGUAGAUAGAUCAUUCUUUACUUUUUGCAUGGGAAACGUAUCCCGCUUUUGCAACCAGAUAGAGUUGGGGAGACAUCUUUGGAUUUUUACAUCGAAUGAGACUUUGUGUCCUAAUUUUUAUGCCUACCUUGACAACUGUAUUAUUGAGCCACCACAGGAGUACAACUACAUGCAGGAAAAACACCACAAACCUAAGCUAUCCGAUCACCAUGAGAGCCAAGUGGAAGAAGAAGAGAAUGAGGAGAUUGAAGAGGAAGCGCCGAAAGAUGAGGCAGAGAUCUAAGUAAUAACAUGUUUGUUUGGAAUAAUAAUCUGCCAAACUUUUUGAAGGAAUCAUCAGCAUCGUGUCAGUUCUCGUUUCAUAUUUUUCUGUUCGAACAUGUCGUAAUCAGUACUCUUUAGUUUUGUUAUGGUUUUUGGAUUCUGUUAUUUUAAUGGUUGCGAGUUUAGUAUAAAUCCGUUAAUUUCCCAAUUCAUGGUUCUGGAUUUUGAAACCUAGCUAAUUGUUUGAAUUCAAAUCUAUUUUAAAACCUUCAAUCAAGAUCCGUCAAAGUGAAAUUUAUUUAUGAUACAUUUAAUCAAAAUGGAAUUUCAAAAUUGGGUUGAAAUUCACAAAAUAAGAAGUGUUAUUGUGACCAAUCUGUUUGGUUUUCAAUAUUACAAAAUGAAUUAUCAAAUUUCUCUCAUAUCAAUUCUUAGCAUUAGGUAAGAUUGGCUCUAGGAAGAUGUUUAGUUCUGAGGAUUUGAUAAAAGCUUGAUUCAUUGGCUACUAUUGUGUUCUUCAUUGCUAGAAAUGGAGUUUUCAUUGCAUCUCAUAAAGACUUAUUAAUUUGUAUUGAAAAUAGAUAAAUUGUGAAUGUGC